AUGACUGAAGGGCCCUAUGUUGUCGGCGGCAUCGCCGUUCUGGUGGCGAUCCUAGCGACCGGUUCCAUCGCGGUUCCGAGGAAACUGGAGAGGAUCCGCAAGCUGGAACCCCCUCUGGAGGAUGCGGUGUAUGUUUUGUACCUUUGCUGCGGCUACGCCGGGUCUGCCUUCCUAGCUUGUGGACUGCUGCCGCUGAACCAAGUCAUCAUGGAUGACUACAGCAUGCGGAUAAGCUGCGCAUUCACCUGGUGGGGCGCUCUAUCCGGAGCUCUGGUCGUUGCGGCAAUCAACGCAGGUUUCGCGGCCAUUUCGCGGGUAGGAAUGGCCGUGCACGCUGCAAUUUCCAUGGGCAUCGCCGUUGUCACGUCCUUCUUGUGGGGCGUCCUGGUGAACAACGACCGCCUCGCGCUUCUCUGGGUGGACAUCCUCGCGGUUGUGUGCCUCAUCUUGGGAAGCAGCAUCUCUGCGUUCCCCAACGAAAUUGCCCGGUCCUGUCAAUCCUGCUGCCACACAGGCACUGCGCCAAAGGGCACGGAUCCUGAGGCACUCCUCGUGGAUGUCCCCGAAGCACGACCGCUCGUUGCGGAGGACGCGCAGCUUCUCCAGGACAAAAAGAUCAGCCACGCGUGCGGCUUGCUGCUUUGCGUCGUGUCUGGAGUCUGUGGAGGCCUGUCUCUGGGCCCCAUGUCCUUCGUCGCGGCAGAGGACAAAGGGAUUGCUUUCCUUCCGAGUUUUGCGACGGGCAUCAUCAUGGCAGCUGCAGUUGCCCUGUCGAUUCGGAUUCUCUGCGGCAAACACAAACCUGCGUGGCAUUUCCGAGCUGCUUUCCCGUACGGACUCCUUUCCGGAUUUCUCUACAUGGUGGCCAUCCUUGCCAUCAUCAUCGCCAUCCCAAGAAUAUCCUUCGCGGUCGCGUAUCCGUCGAAACAGACCGCCAUCGUCGUCAGCGGAUGCUGGGGCAUCCUGUUUUUCCGAGAACUGCGCGGCGGGGCAGUUGCGGUCUUCUCUCUCGGGAGCUGUCUCGUUCUCAUAGGCGUCGUCUUGCUUUCCAACUUCACGUAUCCAGAGCGUGUUGGAAUUCCUCCCAGUCUCCAACCGAGCGUCACUUGA